UGCGCCCUCUCAGGGUAAGAAUCAGCAACGUGUGGUUUGGACAUCGCGAUCGAUAGGGGAGCCAUCCACCGAAAUUCUGUGAAAAACACUGCACAUAGCUGCUCAUUCGUGCUCAUCGUCAGGCGGAUCCCAAGAGGCUGCCCAUACAAAGCAAAGUCAGCCACUGCUGGUACCCCGAGACAUCAAAAUGACCAGGAAGCUUCUGUCCCCACCAGUCCUGCUUGUGCAUGGGAGGAGGCCGUUGUCUCUUGCUGCGGCAUUGUUGCGUCCCAGAGGCAUCAGAAGAACUGGAAGUCUUCAAAUGAAAGAGGAGCAACACGAUGAAGAUGACUCUACUCCGAGUCAUAUUCCUGUCAUGAAGGAGGAGAUCCUUGAAGCAUUAUCUCCUCAAGACAACCAGGUCUUUAUAGAUAUGACCUUUGGAGCAGGUGGUCACACGAGGGCGCUUCUUGAUCACGGUGCUGGCACUGCGCGGGUAUAUGCAUUAGACAGAGAUCCAGCAGCAAACACGUUGGCCCAGAAUAUGGCCAAGAAAUAUGAUGGGAGACUAUGUCCACUGCUUGGUCGCUUCAGCGAGCUGGAGAGACUUCUCCAGGGUGAGGGUCUAGGCACUGACUCAGUUGAUGGGAUUCUCAUUGAUGCUGGGUGCUCCUCUCUCCAGUUUGACACCGCUGAACGAGGAUUUUCUGUCUCCAAGGAUGGGCCGUUAGACAUGCGAAUGGAUGGCAACAGGUUUCCAUCCCAACCGACAGCAGCUGAGGUCGUGAACUCCCUGGAUGCUGCAACGCUGGCCAAGAUCUUCAAGACCUACGGGGAAGAGCCCCAGGCCAGAAGGAUUGCGGCAGCCAUCAUGGAGUACCGCCAGAAGUACCAGCCCAUUGCGACCACCCUGGAGCUGUCCACCGUCGUCUCCUGUGCUUUCACACACACCGAGUCGCGCCGGAGUAAGGACAAGCUGGGCCGGCCGGCCCACGUGGCGACCAAGACCUUCCAGGGGCUGAGGAUCUUCGUCAACAACGAGCUGAAUGAGCUGAGCGCCGGCCUGGAAGCUGCGGGGAAGCUCCUGAGACCUGGAGGGAGACUCGCCGUCCUGUCCUUCCACUCGCUGGAGGACCGCAUCGUCAAGAGGUUCUUCCAGGGACGAGAGGUGAACGAAAGAGGCAAGAGCAUACACCAGCAACACAGGGAGCAACUCCCAAGGGACCUUUCAAAUGCAGCAUCUGAAAACUGCGAAGAAUCAAGACUGUGGGAUCCAGUAAAUAGGAACAAGGUUAUUCUGCCAAGCGAGGAAGAAAUUGAAGAAAACCCAAGAUCAAGAUCAGCAAAGCUGAGAAUUGCUGUAAAACUCUGAUUGCUGGAUGAUGCCAAUUCCACAAAAGGCAAAGAACUGAGGACUUACAUUAUGAAUAAAUAUUAGACAUUUUUUUCUCUCAAGCCGAAAACAGUUGAUUUGUAAUACCUUUUUUUCCCUUGCCAAAUUGAGAUUUACAUUUUUUUCUCUCAAUGUAUACCACUUGAAUGUUUAAUAGUCAUGUUAGUUAAUAAAACUUUCUGACAGGUCUGAUGUUGUAGAAUUUUCAAUCAUAGACAAAAGUGACCAUUCAUCACCGUUUACCAUUCCUUAGGGGUUGAGAAUUUUAAGUUCAAGUCUCAGAUAUUUGCAGACAUAUUGACUGUAAUAUUGGUGACCCCUAUCUCACUGGGGUUGCAAGUCAGCAAAUAAGCCUCAGAUUGCCUGUUUGUACCAAAUUACAGUUUUUUGCAUGCUAUUGAAUAACUGUCAUUUGUGCAUUUUGUGUUGUGUACAUGGACUGGAUGGUUUGUGAGGAUGGAAGCUACCAGCAGGACUGCCAGCUUGUAUAUCUGAAAAUAUUUGACAAAACGGGGACCUCCCAGUUGCUUUAUUUGGCAAUGGAGUUUGGGCAUCAACUUUCAAAAUGGCAGUGAGUUUGCAGACUCUUUCUAGGGCUGAUCCUCUCUGGAUGGAAUUAUCUACAAAAGCCGCCCGUUAAGCGACUGAAAACUGAAUGGAAAGUGAAAGAUGAAGAAAUCAGCUUUAAUUUGACAUGGGUCCUGGACACCUGAGAAAUCUGCGAGCCUUUUUCCUGUUUUUUUUUUUUAAGUGGGUGUACAUAGUAUGCAUGCAGGGCAGGACCAUUGUUCUUGUAAGGGCAAGACAAUUUCUCAUUUGCGAAAGGCACUUGUAUUAGAAAAUCAACUUGUCUAUGGCAAAGUUUCAAUGGGCAUCGAGGCAAAGACCAGGGGCAUCAAGGCAACUGCCUCCGAUGCCUCUGUGAAGUUCCUGCCCUGCAUUAUGGCUCCUCAUUUACUGGUCUGCAGGAGACUAUUAUGUUGCAAGAGCCAGAUGUUGACUUUGAAUAGCGCCCCCUGUUGUUUGAAGAGCACUGCUUUGCAGUGCUGCACAAAAAGAAUAUCUGUUAUGAAUUUGAAAUUCAGCACCCUAAUUUAAUAGAAGGCAUUGCUCCACUCCCAUGAGACUCCUAAACAAGUGGGGAUAGAGCUAAAAAAACUAGAUAUUUAUUGGUUAGUUGGGGGGAGGGAUUAAGGUUUUGUUGGAGGGGAUGGGGUACUUUUGGGGAUGUGAAAACCCAAAAUGAUCAACUUUUUUUUGUUUUUGUGGAGUGGGGAGGUGUUAAGGGUUGGCGGAGUGAUCAAACCAGGUGAUAUGUGUAUUUAGAGGAAUUAUUGGAAGACUAACACCCAUUUUUUUCAUUUAAACUGCUUCCCAAAACAGUUUAAGUCCAAGUGGGUAGUACUUUGUACAUGCAGAUUUUCAAAUGUUGCUUAAAAAUCCAUUUAAAUAUCAGUAUGUUAUAUCUUUGAUUAAAUCAAAUAUCGGGGUGCUGAAA